AUGUCGCAUCAGACCGACCAAGAGGGUGGGGCCAGAUCUAGGGCUACUAAAAAGGCCGCCGCGCAAACCAAUCAAACGAAACGUGCGGCGGGGAAAAAGGCUGAGGUGGGAAAGCAGAAGCCCGGGAAGAAGGCGGAGGACAAGGGGAAGCAACCAACGGCACGCAAGCGUGUUUCGGCCGUCAGGAGCGAUGCGGAUGUUGCCACUGCUGCCCUCGAGCCCGGUCCUUCUGACGACGGCACCAUCGGCGGGAACGAAGACCCUGGGCGUGGCGGCGUGAGUGUUGCCGUCCGGUCGGGGGACAGAGAGGGCUUUGCGACUGGAGGAAAGCACGGCGACUCUCCCCGCCAAGAUCAGGCCGCAACUUCGACGUCCGUGGCAGAGGCAAAGCAGCAGCAUCUGACGCUGCCCCACCCGCCCGUGGUCGAAAUAUCUGCUGCAGUGAUAGAUAAGGAGAAGGAUGCUGCGCACGAUUGCACGGAGGGGCCGAAACACGACAUUGCCGACGUAGGUGGAUCUCCUCCCUCUGGGGGACGCGGGAGGCGUAGGCAGAGGAAGAGCGAUGGUGAGGAGGAGAAUGACACCCCCGUGGCUGAGGACAUGCCCAUACGCGCGAAGAGGAGGCAGACGACAGCUAGCGGUGACGACGCCGGUGGUGCUGAAGUUGGGACAAUGCGAGGCACCACGGCGCCAAGUGGCUUGGCGACAGAUCAUGCAAUGCGGCAUAAGGUGGGAUCCGGUCCGAGGAAACCAUCUAGCGGACGGAGGGGGAAGCAAUCUUCGGGGGGGAAUAGGCCGAAGCGCGGCAAAGAAGGCCCUGGUGAAGCGGAUGUUGAGGACGAGGGGGAUGGGGAGGAGGAGGCCGAGGAGGAUGCGGAGGAGGAGGACGAGGAUGCAGGGGAGGGAGAAAAGGACGAGGAUGAGCAGGAGGGCGACGAUGAUGAGGAGGAGGAGGAGGAGGAGGAGGAGGAGGAGGAUGAGGAUGAGGACGAUGAGGAGGACGAUGAGGGGGACGACGAGGAUGAGGAGAAGGAGGAGGAGGAGGAGGAGGAGGAGGAGGAGGAGGAGGAGGAGGAGGAGGAGGAGGAGGAGGAGGAGGAGGAGGAGGAGGAGGAGCAGGAGGAGGAGGAGGAGGAGGAAGAGGAGGAGGAGGAGGAUGAUGAGGAGGAGGAUGAGGAGGAGGAGGACGACGAGGAGGAAGAGGAGGUGGAGGAAGGGGCGGAUGAGGAGGAGGAGGAGGAGGAGCCGGCAGGGAAAGGACGGGGCGCGCGAGGCGGACGGGGGAGUGGCACAGGGAAGGUGGGGGGCCGGUCUGGACAAUCCCGGAAACGCGGGGCGGGUGACGCAAUGCGUGCCGGACCAGCGGGCAAAUCGAAGGCGCGUAAGGUGAAGGUUGAACUUGACCGGGGUGGAAGGAAGCAAGUGAGACAGGGAGCUAAAGGCGAUGGAGACGGAAAGGGACCGCGCGCGAAAGGGGUACCUGUGGGUUCGGCAAAGAAAGAACCUGCCCACCCUAACAACACCGUGUUCCACCCGUCUUUUCCCGCCGCAGGGAAGGAGAAGGUUGACGAAUCGGCUAACCCGGCCCGGGGCAGGGCGGUCUCCCCCCUCGCCGGUCCAUCGCGUGUGCAUCAACCAAGCACCUUUGCCAAUCCCUUCCCUGAGCUUCCCUUUUCCCGCCAGCGUGAUAGUGUGAGGGCACACGGUGCUGCUGCAGAAGACGUUGAUCCCCUUGGCCAGAGAGGGGUUUCUACACACCCUUUUCCGGAUGUCAUGGAUGCGCUGGCUGAAGGUGCAGAGCACGGGCAGUUUGUUACACGAGACGAGUUCCAGCAGCUACGGUAUGAGAUGUACGCCAUGUUUGCUCAGCUCGGCCUGCGUCGGGGAGCAACUGCCAGCUAUGCCGGGGGGGCCGCAGUGGUGCCGAUGGGUGGUACCCCGCCGCCGAUGAGUGCCGUGGACAAGGCACGUGUGCUUGUGCUGCAGGAGACCAACCCAUUCCCGGUAUGUGGCGGGUUGGGGUUGACGGUUGGUGGGUUUAGACGGCGGACGCAAGAGGGUGUGACGUGGCGGGAUGUGUGGCUUGGUGCUGACGUGGCACCUUGGAAGGGCACACGGGAGCGGCGCUCAACGAGGCGCCGCGUGUCAGGUGGGUGGGGUGUGACGUGGCAUGGGGUGGGCGGGUGUGACGUGGCACGUGGGGCUGGCUGCUACCUGACGUGGCGGAUGCAGGAGGGUGUGCCGUGGCGGGAUGUGUGGCUUGGUGCUGACGUGGCGGCUUGGAAGGGUACACGGGAGCGGCGCGUGACGAUGCUACACGUGUGCGGUGGGUGGCUUGGUGACGUGGCAUGGGGUGGGCGGGUAUGA